AGUGUCGUUUAUACCUGAAUGCAACAAUAUCAACACAAGGAGAUGAGCAAUUGGAAGCCACGUAGCUAGCUGAUGCUUCACAUGCUAACAGCUGUACAUCACGCAAUAUGGUUGGCGCUGCUUGUAGGUCCUAAUCUGCUACUUCGACAACACACCUGCCACUUCCUGCUUUGUGUGCUCCAGUAACUCCUGCCUAAGUAAACACACACAUCAGAGGACCAAUAGUAUUCAAGUACUUGUUGUUUACCUCAUUUGUCCCGAGCUUUCCUGCUGUCCUGAUCCAAACCGGAGAACAGGUUUUUCUGUAUAAGCGGUGCCCAUCACAUACACACAUACACACACUCACCCACCUACGCUAGCAUCAUUUAAAAAGCAUAGCCUUUUCCUGCACCCACGCGUAAUCACAGCCAUCAUGGCCAGCAUGCUGUCCAACUUUGGCAAAACCCUGCUGCGCCGCCGGGCGCUGGACUUCUCCAAUGAAGAGACGCAGUUCGCCCGCUGCUUAUCCACCCUGGACCUCAUCGCCUUGGGGGUGGGCUCCACGCUGGGCGCUGGCGUCUACGUCCUCGCAGGCGAGGUCGCUAGAGAGAAGGCGGGACCGGCCAUUGUCUUAUGUUUCCUCAUCGCCGCCCUGUCCUCCAUGAUGGCUGGCCUGUGCUACGCCGAGUUUGGCGCCCGUGUCCCCAAGACGGGCUCCGCGUACCUCUACAGCUACGUGACGGUGGGAGAAAUGUGCGCCUUCAUAACGGGGUGGAACCUCAUCCUCUCUUAUGUCAUUGGUACGGCCAGUGUGGCCAGGGCUUGGAGCUCGACCUUUGACAACCUGGUCGAACAAAAAAUAUCUGGCUUCUUUAAGGCAUCCAUGGAAAUGAAAGUGCCUGGAAAAGUGCUAGCGGAGUAUCCGGAUCUCUUCGCCCUAAUCCUGGUCCUGCUGCUAACCGGUCUCUUGGCCUUCGGCGUGAGCGAGUCGGCGCUGGUGAACAAAAUCUUCACGGGAAUCAAUCUGGUGGUCCUGGGCUUCGUCAUCAUAUCCGGCUUCGUCAAGGGAGACAUUAAAAACUGGAACCUCGAGGAAGGCGACUUCCUUAGCUACAAGAACGGCACUAAUGUCACCCAAAAGGACCUGACAGAAAAGUUUGGUGACGGUGGUUUUGCCCCGUUUGGCCUCGCUGGAAUCUUGUCUGGCGCUGCCACCUGCUUCUACGCCUUUGUGGGCUUUGACUGUAUUGCCACAACAAGCGAAGAAGCUAAGAACCCCAUGCGGUCCAUCCCCAUCGGCAUCGUGGCGUCGCUGCUCAUCUGUUUUUUCGCCUACUUUGGCGUGUCAGCAGCCCUGACCAUGAUGAUGCCGUAUUACCAGCUGAACACUGACAGCCCUCUGCCCGAGGCCUUCAGCUACGUCGGCUGGGCGCCAGCCAGAUACAUCGUGGCCGUGGGUUCUCUCUGUGCGCUGUCCACCAGCUUACUGGGCUCCAUGUUCCCCAUGCCUCGGGUUAUUUACGCCAUGGCCGAAGACGGGCUGCUGUUCCGGGGUCUGUCCAAGAUGAACUCUCGCACAAAGACCCCCAUCCUGGCUACCAUUGUUUCUGGAAUCGUUGCAGCUCUGAUGGCAUUCCUGUUCGAUCUGGCGGCCCUGGUUGACCUCAUGUCCAUAGGAACGCUGCUGGCGUACUCAUUAGUGGCUAUUUGUGUCUUAAUUCUCAGGUAUCAGCCAGGCAAUCUGAAUUCGUCCAGUCAGACGGAGAAGCUGGUGGAGCUGGUGGAAGGCGAGAAGGUGGCUGUGAGCGGCGGGGACAGCGGGGACGAGUACGGCAUGGAGAUGGAAGACAGACCCCUCCAUGAGACAUUCACUGCCAAGCUGCUCUUCUGUCCAAGUGGAAAAAUCCCGACUAAGACCUCUGGGAUGAUAGUCUACGUUACCACAGCUGUUAUUUGUGUUCUCAUCACCAUUCUGUGCAUCAUCCUGGCAAACUGUUUGAACCAGCUGCUCGUCGGACAUGCAGCCGUUGUGGUGCCCUGCAUCAUCUUGGCUCUGCUCUGUGUCGUCUGCAUUAUCAUCAUCUGGAGGCAGCCACAGAGCCCAGAGGCUCUGACCUUCAAGGUCCCGCUGCUUCCAUGGCUGCCCCUGUUCAGCGUUUUUGUCAACAUCUACCUCAUGAUGCAGCUGGACAUUAGUACAUGGUGCCGCUUCUCGGUCUGGAUGGUUGUCGGCUUUGCCAUCUACUUCUUAUACGGUAUUAAAAACAGCAGUGAAGCUAAAAACAAGUCGCCCUCAGGCAAGUACGAGCCGGCGCUGCAGAACAAAAGCCCGAUUUACAAGGGCGGUCCUGAUGAGAGCGACGUGGAGGCCGGCAGCAGCCCCUGAUACGGACUGACCCAGACCCGAGGCUCGUUUCCGGGCACCUGCACCCAUUCCUGAUCAUUUACAGUGCAGGCCGGUGGAACUGCAGGCAUGGGCCGGUAUGAUAUUAUGACGGUAUGGUGACCUUAGGUUUCGCGGAGUCACGGUAUUAUGGCCACAGCUCUAAAAUGUGUUAUGUUGCAUUUUCUUUACGAUGCUUUGACCUGAACGCAUACGCAAUUUGCUUCUUAAAUGUUUGCUGAAUU